AUGCUAAGAGAGCAGAAAAUAAGAGACGAGAUGGAAAAAGAAGAAUCGAAGAAAGUGAAAGCUGCGAAACAUGCAGAAUAUAGAAAGAAAAGAAAAGAGAUUUUAAUGGAGAAUAAGAGGAAAGAGGAUGAGCUAAAGGCUAAGAUGCAGAGAGAGCAAGAGGAAAGAGAGAAAACUAAAGCUCUAAGAGAGGCCGAGGCAAAGAAAGAAGAGGAGCGAAAGGAAUUAGUAAGAAUUUUGCGGGAGGAGCAGCUAAAGAGGGAAGAGGAAGAGUGGGCCCGGACUUCUGCCAAACUUCUUGAGCAGGCCAUGUCUUUGGACCCAUUCACAAAGACUGGUAUGGAGUCUGCUCAAGACAUGGAAAAGGACUUUGUGUUUACUGCUGAUGAUGGACUCAUCCAAGACUCUGAUUCACACUCCAUUAUGGAGACACUCAAACCCUCCAAAUCUACUAUUUUCUUGGCAACUUCAGAAACAGAAAGUCAGGAAGCUCCCAAAGGAGACACCAACACUCUUCCUACCACCACUGUGGGUACAUCCACACCUCGCAGACGCACUAAAUGGAAGAAGAAGAAAUCCAAAAUAUAUCUCCAGGGUGGAGUUUAA